UUAAGAUAUUUUAAGCCAUUGAAAGGCAGAUCCGUAAAAGAAAAAAACAAAACAUUGCAUGAAUUGUUUAUUACUUUUUGUGUGUCUACUUUUUGGACAAGUGUUAGGAUUUCUAGUUCAAAAUGGAGGUUCAGCAACAUCAAACACUCAACCAAAUGAUCAAAUUAUCCAAAAUCUUCUCAACUUAAUCAUCAACGAGCAAAACUCGAGAUUACAGCUGCAGAACGACAUGAGAACAAAACUAAACGAACUAAGUGCUCGAUUAGUAACGAUGGAACAGUCCAACGCUGACGUUUCUAAGCAACUGACAAAAGAGAAAAACAACAGAGAACAUCUUGAGCAACUGUAUGCUGCUUUGGAGAGACGUGUUCUUAAUAUACCAAUGGCUAACGAUACAGGCUUACAACAGUACGAAUUACACAGCUUAGAAUCAAAGUUGAUCAGUUUAGAAGCGAACAUGCUGAGCAAUUUGACAGACGUGAAUGAUAAAUUUAACAAUUUAACAACGGAUAACAGGAUCGACGUAAUCCAGGCUGAAUUACACAAUGCUGAAUCAAAACUGUUCAGCUUGGAAAAUAUGUACACAAGUAUGGUUAACAAUCUAACCGGAUUCACUUUAAAGCUAUAUAACCUCGAAACAAACAGAACAGAAAAGCAUCAUACAUCUAUUGGAUUUACAGUAGGCACUCCAGAUAAAUCAUCCGUUUCUAUUCUAAAGUACAAAGUCGUAUAUCUCAACAAAGGAGGGGAUUAUAACCAGUCCACUGGAGUUUUUACAUGCCGAGCCCCGGGCCUUUACGCUUUCUCUGCAACUAUGUUUUAAACCGCAGGUGAAAGUGAAAGUUACUGCUAUUUCAAUGUCAACACUCGUCAGUAUACGGCAGUAAGCAGUGGUGUUCACCAGACGGAUGGUUAUUUGACAGGUUCCCAAACAUUAGUGUUCAUGUUGAAAGUUGGAGAUAGAGUUUACCUAUCUACCUGUGGAGGCAUAGACCAAACAGACGUACACUCAAGCUUUUCCGGAUUUCUUAUAUCCAUUUAAAAUUUACUUCAGCAUCAUUCGUAUAAACUAAUUGUAGCUGUUGAUCACUUUUAUGAAUUAAAAAAGUAGUU